AUGGGCCAGGUCUCGCAUGAGGACAACCAGGAGAACAAGGCUGAAGCUCUCAUCAUCUGUGAAGUCUUCAGCCAAGGUGUGGUCCAUGCAUCUCAAAGGCUGAAGGACUGCCUUGGUUUUGUGGAUCCUCAGAGCAAAUUCAAGGCAGCUGCAAACACGUUGAGUGAGAUCUUUUUGGUCAACUUCAUUAGCUUCUGCAUGGAAAAGGGAGUGGAGGAACGUAUCAUGGCCAGCAAAAUGACCAAGCAGCAGUCCUCCCUGUUUGGGGUGGACUGGAUCUGGACCCAGUCUGGAGCUGACAAGCAAAUCAAGCCUCAGCUUGUGGUGCAGGCUUUAUAGCUGGCUGAGCUUUUCCAUAGUGAGGUGGUGGCGGAUUGCUGCCAGGAAGCUGUGCUGGCAGACCAGAACAGGAGCAGGUUUGAGAAGCUGGUGGAGUUCUGCCACCUGGUAGGACGGGACUGCCUGGGCUUGUUCAUCAUGUUUGGUGUGCCAGGGAAGCCCAAGGACAUCCGAGGAGUCAUGCUAGACAGCAUUGCCAAGGAGCGAAACUACCGCCUGUCGGGCAGGGAUGUGCUACGGCAAUUUGUCACCAGUGCUGACGGCUUCCUGCCCGCAAAAGACACGUUGGAAAACUGCCUUGGCACAAAAACCGGACUGAGGGAGGUGGGUAGCGUGUACAUAAAACUUCCUGUAAACUGCUGGGUACGGCAGUGGCUCUCUGCACCCCGGCACCACAGGCUGCGUGGGGCUCAGCUCUGCGCCUCACUUUUCUUCUCACACAACAUUCCUUCCACCCCCUUAAUUCCCACCUUCCCCUCCAACCAUCGCAUUCCCUUGGCUCCUGCAGGAGCCAAGCUGAGUCAGUCUCUCCAGGUUUUAGAACAACAGGACUCACCUGCCAGAAAAAUGUGUUUAUAG